AUGGUUGAUAUCAGUGGUUGUGCGAAAGAAGACACUGUGAAGUUUGUAUCACAGUCGUUCAAGGGUGAGGCCCUUACAUGGUGGAAGACUAUGAUCCAGUCUGCGGGGAAGAUUCCCCUCUACAACCUCGAAUGGUCAAAAUUUGUGGACAUGAUCAAAGAAGUUUACUGUCCACAACACGAGGUAGAGAAGGUAGAGUCAGAUUUUCUGACUCUCGUGAUGAAAAAUCUGGAUUGUUGGACCUACGUUACCGACUUCAACUCUAUGUCGAGGUUGGUACCAUAUUUGAUCACCCCGGAGCCCAAACGCAUUGCGCAUUUUAUUGAUGGUUUAGCAUCAGAGAUCAAGGGGCAUGUCAAGUCUUCAAAGCCUACCACUUACCGGUCCGCUGUGGACCUGUCUCUGUCGCUCACCUUGGACGUGUUGAGAAGCAGGUCUGGAAAGACCGAUGCAGAGGGUAAGAGGAAAAGGGAGGAUGGCAACUCCCAGAAAUCUAACAAAAAGAAGAAGGGAAGGUUUGGGUUCAAGAAGAACCAAGACAGGUCAGGACAGUCACAGGCUAAACCCUGUGGUAUCUGUAAGAAGAAGGGGUAUAAGACCCUUAAGUGCAAAAACCUUAAGGAUGUCGUUUGCUAUGGCUGUAACGAGAAAGAGCACAUCAAGACUAAUUGCCUUAAAAGUGCAAAGAAGCCUGAAGAGGCUAAAAAGGGUAAUGCACGAGAAUUCCAGAUGAAUGCUAGGCUGGCGGUGAAUGACGACAAUGUCAUAACAGGUACUUUCCUCAUUAAUGACGUCUAUGCUAGAGUUCUUUUUUAUGCGGGUGCGGAUAAGUCUUUUGUAGACCUUAAAUUUAGUAAACUUUUAAACUUGCCCAUAAGAACUCUAGAUAUUAAGUAUGAGGUAGAGCUUGAUGAUGGAACCUUAGAAACCGCUUCUUCUAUUCUUGAUGGAUGUUCUACAUCCAUUAAGAAUCAUUCUAUCCCAUUAUCUCUUCUGCGAAUGAAAUUGGCGGGGUUUGAUGUAGUUUUGGGUAUGGAUUAG